UAGGAGUAGUCUCCCCCUACUGUCCCAGCACUGCGGUUCGGUCCAGCUGAUGUGUGAUGAAUGCAUUGCUGCUGGAAGGAGGUGGUAUCGACAUUUCGUUUUACAGUCCGUCUGAGACGUCUCUCUUUAGGGAAACAGUCAGCCAUUGGUCCGCUAGCUGCUGACCAGGGUCCGAGCAGGCAGAGGGAAGACCCGCAGCGGGUAGUGCGGUCGGUUCGCUCCGCUACAGAAGCCGGCUGAAAAGACUAGCUUUAGGACAGAGGAAGCAGCUGGAGACAGAGAUGCUAAAAGACUGAGCUAACAGACAUCCUGAUCCACUGAAGGACUCCUCUAUGAUGGACUGCAGCUGCCAUGUUUCUGAAAUACUGACCAGUAGCCCCAGCAACAACAAUCCAAAGCAACUGGACUCAACUACAACUGAAAGAUCUGAAGUAGAGCAGACCUGCCCUUGCUGUUGAGAGGGAAUCACGACCACAGCUACAGCCACUCCAAUGGCUCUUACCUCCACCAUGCAGCCCUCGACUCUUCUCUUCUUCUCAGCGAUUUUCGUCCUGUCCUUUAUCCCAAACUGCGCAUCUCAGAGUGAGACGGACAUUGUAAACACACAAAAUGGUCGGGUUCGAGGCAUUCACAUUCCAGUCCCAGGACAAAACUACGUCACUGCGUUCUUGGGGAUCCCUUUUGGUGAGGCGCCUGUAGGAAAACGUCGUUUUCGUCCUGCUGAGCCAAAGCGUCCAUGGUCUGGGGUGUUUGAGGCCAAUGCCUACCCUAAAGCCUGCUACCAGUUUGUGGACACAUCGUUUCCUGGCUUCCAGGGCAGUGAGAUGUGGAAUCCUAACAGAGAGAUGAGUGAGGACUGCCUGUACCUUAAUGUCUGGGUGCCUUCUUCUCCAAGACCCCACAACCUCACAGUCAUGGUGUGGAUCUAUGGUGGAGGGUUCUAUAGCGGUUCAUCUUCUCUGGAUGUGUACGAUGGUCGCUAUCUGGCUCACACUGAGACUGUGAUUGUGGUCUCUAUGAACUAUCGGAUUGGCGCCUUUGGCUUCCUGGCUCUGCACGGCUCGUCUGAGGCUCCUGGAAAUGUGGGUCUCUUGGACCAAAGGAUGGCUCUGCAGUGGGUGCAAGACAACAUCCAUUUCUUUGGUGGAAAUCCCAAACAGGUGACCAUCUUUGGUGAGAGUGCGGGUGGAGCUUCAGUAGGAUUCCACCUUUUGUCUCCAGGCAGCAGACCUUUGUUUACCAGGGCCAUCCUGCAGAGCGGGGUGCCCAACUGCCCCUGGGCCUCAGUCAGCCCUGCUGAAGCCAGAAGACGGGCCACUCUUUUAGCCAAGCUGGUUGGUUGUAAUGGAGGCAAUGACACAGAACUGGUGGACUGUCUGCGUAGUAAAAGUCCACAAGAACUAAUUGACCAAGAAUGGCUGGUUCUGCCAUGGUCCUCUCUCUUCCGCUUUUCCUUUGUACCUGUUGUGGAUGGGGAGGUUCUGCCUGACACUCCUGAGGCCAUGAUUAACUCAGGCAAUUAUAAAGACACCCAGAUUCUUCUUGGGGUCAACCAGGAUGAGGGCUCGUACUUCCUGCUGUACGGAGCACCAGGAUUCAGCAAGGAUAAUGAAAGUCUCAUAUCCAAAGAAGACUUUCUGGAAGGUGUGAAGAUGAGCGUACCACAUGCUAAUGAAAUUGGCCUGGAGGCUGUUGUGUUGCAGUACACGGACUGGAUGGACGAGAACAACGGGUUGAAAAACCGUGACGCCAUGGACGACAUUGUGGGUGACCACAACGUGAUCUGCCCACUGGCCCACUUUGCUCGCACUUACUCUCAGCACCACGCCUUAAAGGCCAUGGGAGGAUCUGGGUUUGGGCUGAUGAACAAUGCAGGAAACUCACAAGGAGGAGUCUACCUGUACCUUUUUGAUCACCGGGCCUCUAACCUAGCUUGGCCAGAGUGGAUGGGUGUGAUCCACGGCUACGAGAUAGAGUUUGUGUUUGGACUGCCCCUGGAGAGGAGAUUUAACUACACCUUUGAGGAGGAGAGACUCAGUCGGCGUAUGAUGAAGUACUGGGCUAACUUCGCACGAACGGGAAACCCUAAUGACUGGGUGGUAGACAAAGGGAAGCGCUGGCCUGUGUUCACCGCCAGUGAGCAGAAGCAUGUGGGGCUGAACACUGAACCACUUAAGAUUCACAAAGGUUUACGCAAUCAGAUGUGUGCCUUCUGGAACCGCUUCCUGCCCCGCCUCCUCAACAUCACAGGUAACAUAGACGAGGCGGAGCGUCAGUGGAAGGUGGAGUUCCACCGCUGGUCCUCCUACAUGAUGCACUGGAAGAGUCAGUUUGACCACUACAGCAAGCAGGAGCGCUGCACCGACCUCUAAGAUCCAGAGCAAAGGCAACCGAGUCCUGAGACAACAUCUGCUGGUCAUUUCCCUCCAUGAAGUCUGACUCAACACACACGUUCCAGCACUGCUCCUAUUUAUUUAUAUUUAUUAUUUAUAUUAUUUAUUAAAAUGUUAUGGUUUCA